GUGACUUGAAACUCAAAGUUAAGAAUAACAUUUUCGUGUUAUUUUAUUUUCAAAUAAAAGGUGCUAAAAAAUUUUGUCCAAUGCAAGUCUAUCUGGAUUCCGCAUCAGAUGUUGAGCAUGACAACGAUGUUGAUUCAAAUAUCUCCUUAAUGUCCUCAAAAAUCAUGGAAACACGUUAUUACGAAGGAUGUGGGCGAGAAGGACCCAUCCGAUGCAUAUUUCUAGGCGAAUUCCAUCCAGUUGCAGGACCUAAAAUAGCAUGUCAGUUUCCUGAUGAUUACGUAUCAAAAGAGCUCUUUGAUUCAAUAAGUGGUUAUAUCAUUCCAAAGCCUCAGAUUCAAAAAUGUACAAUGACUAUAAAUGCACUUGGUCAUAAAAUAGUCGGUUAUCCUAUAAGGAUAGAGAACUCACGAUAUGAACGUAAUAUGUACCUGUUCAAUCUCUGCUUUGUCUGUGAUAGCUGGUCGAAAACUGUGCAAUAUGAACCCGUUGUUAAGAAACUCGGUGAACACUUGACAAUUAUGGAAGAAGAAACUAGAUUUGUGUCGAAUGGUUCGACAAAACUGCCGACACUUCUUGCUCACUUAUUACAUGACCUAAACACUUAUAGGAAAGCUACAUUAGUUGAAGGCGACACAGUAAUGCACUUGAAAGUGCUCGAAGUGCGUAAAGAUCCUACGCCGGUACACGAUUUCGACGUACCUGUAUUGGUCGCCUCGGUGGGGCUUCCUCGCCCCGGGAGACCGCCUCGUAUAGUUCCACAAGAAGGAUCUGAACAAAUACCGAGCCAGGAACAUUUGGACGUGGAAGAUGAAGAGCCCUUUGAAGUUGAUAUGGACGCUGAUUGGGACCUAACAACCCGACAGCUUCUACCGCAUAUAAAUGGUUACAACCACGUGUCGAAGAUAGCGUCCGAUACAAACGUGGAGAAAACUCUCGUCAAAUCGUGUAUACAAAAUUUGGUAUAUUAUGGGGUGGUGGUUCUGAUACCUGUGUUGAAGUUCAGUAACAUGUACCGAGCCACGCCGAGUCUCAGCAGACUGUUCAGUGACCAAGAAAUGCAAAAAUCUUGUAUUUCUUUCCUGAGCAACGCUUGCGAAAAUAAAGAAAAACCAAUUCUUUCGGAUGUACUUGGAAUACUCUGCGCGCUACAGCAAGGGACCACUCUUAGAACUGUUUGCGAACGAUUCUUUCCAUCGCCAGGAGUGCCUUUCGAUAUUCGUCGCUUGGUUGUGUUCGCGCAGAUCCACGGCCUCAUUAAGUGUCUGAAGAGGUAUCCCGUGUACGUCCGCAGCCCGGUUCGGCCCAACGGGUUCACCCCACGAUUGGACUCAAUGCUGGGCAUCCGGCGACUCUUCACCGGCAAGCACAGUGUUGAUGAAAUCUGCUGUCUCGCUCGAAUCGACCUGGCUACACUCGAUCAGAUCAUAGAAGACGAUUCUAACGUCGCUAUAAUAUGGAGACGGAGACGAACAUGUAUGUCAUAGGACGUGAUAAAAAUUAGCGUUUUUUUCAAAACAUUAUCAGCAGAAGUUCGAAAUUGGGAAAUGUUUAUGCUUCCGUGGUAACAAAUGGUCAGGAGAACCGUCACUUCAAAAUACCACAAAUUUCAAUGUAUGCCUUAACCUUACCGAUACUUGAACAAUGCGACAAGAUAACGGGUCUAGUAAUAAGCUACUUAGGCGUCAUCUGCAGGUGGAUGGAUUAUUUAAAUCAUACUGUAUCACAAUUUUUUUUUUUAAUUUUCCUUAACACUAUGAGUCCAUUCAAUAUGUGUAUCUAUUUUACUAUUUACACUGCCACUGUAUGAGGCGUGUGUGUGUGUGAUCGUAGUUUUAAAUUAUAUUUGCUUAUAUCUUGAGAUUAGGGCAUUUAGUGUGCCGUUAUCAAUAUGUAAUUAUAUUAUUAGCUUUAUAUUCACUGCCUAAUCAUAUAGAUGUCAUUGUUUUUAUUCGUGUUUAGUUGUAUUGUAUUGCUUUUAUGGAAUGCAGGUAUCACGAGGAUGACAAAUAAUUUUGUUAAUUAUAGUACAAUUAAAAUGUGCCUUUUUAUUAAGAGCAAAGGUUUUUGACUUUUGAAAUUCUGAAAGUGUACGUAUCCAUCAUUGAUGUACUCGUAUGUAACGCUACUACCGUGGCGCGAUCCUGGAGCUGUGAAUGUUAUUUGGUAUUUUUUAUGGAUAUUUGUGAGCGACAUGGUAUUUAUAAAAGCAAAUGGGCAACAGGCAUGUACUCUGCCGUACUUAUAUCAAACAAACAUCGAAAGAGAAUAUUAUAUUCCAAAAUGCGUAGUCCGUGCCUGACCUAUACUGUUCGCAGAACAAUUACUUAAGAAAUAUGUGGGUUUGUGAGUGAACCGCUUGAACGCAUCCCUUGUAUUAAUGUUUAUAAUUAAUUACUAUUGAUGAGAUAUUUAUUUUAUUUUCGCGUUGUUCUCUCAGCACAUACUUCGUUCGUAAUAUUUCAUUGCUCGAAAAAUUUGGAGGAGGUUACGUGUCGUUCAUGUUGACAGUAUUAUCGAGUAAGUUAGAUUUUUGUAACGAGUUAACUAAAAAUUUAAUACGCAGCCGUGUCAUUUUACUACACUAAUUUAAUCGUAUCGAAUAAUAAUUUAACCUUUAAAUAGAGUUUAAUGAAAUAAUUUUGUUUAUUUUUUUUUAAUUAGUUGAAUUUACAUGUGUAAAGUUGACAUUGUUCUGCCGCCUUGAAGUUCCGUUAAAUGUGUUUAUCUUAUAACAAAAUAUAUUUACGGAAAAAACAGCAAAUAUGUAUGUCUAGACCACGCUUAUGAUUUACACGCAGUCAAGUUUGCUCACUUUGAAUAUUUGAUAGAUUGCUCCAAGCGUUAUGUUAUCAAAGAGCUAAGAAAGUAAUUAGUAAAUAAUUACAUAAUUCAUAAGUACAAUAUAGUUGACCAGCUGCCCGUCCCAACUUCGGACGAGUUUGCAUAAAUCGUGCAAAGUAACCGCUUUAAUAUUUUUAUUUAGUUUUUUAUAUUUAGAUUCGCAUAAAAUCUUUUCUUAGCGAUCGUCUACAUCACAAAAGUAGUAACUAUGCUAUAUUUCAAAUCUAUCGGACCUAAUCUUUCGGAGAUUUCGUGUCUUAGCUAGUUAGUGUUAUUUCACUCAUACCACGAAGAUUUACGGCUACAAAUCAAUGCAUUUUAAAUUAAGUCACGUGACAACGCACCGUGACAUUUACGUUUUACAAUUCGAAUUACUUCGAACAAAUUUAAUGUAUACAAACAUGUCUCACAAAAGUCAACACAAUAAAAAUAUUAAAGCUUACUAACUGAUAAGUUAUUCAGUCACCUGCUUUGUUAUAUCCAUAUAUGUUCCAUAAUAGAAUAGAGCUGUCUGAAGAGAAUGUCUGACGUUGUCAGGGGACGGCACAGGACCCGUUACAAAAACCAAAAGACAUGACAAUGUUGGUUGAGAUAUCUAGUGAGAGGCGAUUAAAUUAUAAUUACUACACGAAUAAUGUUGUUUUUAUUCAAAUAUCUAAUUGUUAACUAAUUAAGUAACGUCUUAAAAAUGAUUGAAAAAAGGUGAAUACAUAGUUAUAAUUAUUAGUAAGACGUCACUGUUAUUGUACGUACUUACAUUGUUAUUUGAAACUAACGAUCUUCAAGCGGCAAAGUAUUAUGUUUGAAUUGCACUUUAUAAAACAAUGUCAACUAGUUUACGAUUUUUUUUUUUGUUGGUAACAAUAACAACGAUUGGCCUUUUGCGUAAAAGGUUUCCUUGGCACGCUGCGUGUCAUUCGUCACGCUGACUGUUUUGUAUGUAUGUACUUAUAUUCGUUUCUUUAAGUAUUUAUUAUUUGUACAAAUUUAGGAAAUGGGUGUAUAUUUAAACUUUUGUAUUAUUUAUUAUAGUUUUUAGAUUGAAUUGUAAUACUUUAAUAUAGAAAUAUCAGUUUUGGAUCUUUGAAGCUAUUUUGUAAAUUCAUUUAAAUAGUGGUUCC